AUGCGGGGGCUAGGUGGAGGAUUGGGAAUGGGGAGAAUGUUUAGAUUUGGGGUGAUUGUUGGAUUCCCGGUGCUUAGCAUUCAUCUAUCUUGGAACAGGUUAGAAGACAUGCUUAUUUGGCAUGGAGAGAAAGAUGAGGAGUUCACUGUAAAGUCUACUUAUCACCUCAUGGAUGCAAAACGUGAUGUUACUGUUGUAGGACCUUCGAGGCCACCAAACAAAGAUUUGUGGAAAAAAAUAUGGCAGACUCAUGUGCACAUAAGGGUGAAAAUUUUCCUUUGGAGACUGGCUAGGAACAUUCUGCCCACCUACCAGAAUCUAAGGAAAAAAGGUAUGAAUCUCAAUCUGUCUUGUCCUCUUUGUGAUGCUUCAUUGGAAUUUCCCCACCAUUUGUUUCUUUCUUGUUCCGUGGUGAAAUUGGUGUGGUUGGAAUCCAUUUUAUCCUCCCCUGAUCCGGUCAGUAUUCAGUUGAUUUGUGUGGCUCUGUGGAGUAUCUGGUACUAUAGAAACCAAUGGCUUUUCCAAAAGAUUCCCUUUGUUCCACGGGUUGUGGUGGAGAGCGUGGCUGAUUUCCUUGUUGAGUUUAAUUCUGAGAACCUAGGACUGAGGUUUAAGAAAAAACAUGUUGUUUUUUAUAAUGGAGGGAAUUGCCCCAGGAACUUUGUUUGUUUACAGGUCGAUGCAGGGUGCUUCCCGGACAACUAUAGUGCCUUCGGAUGA